AUGGAUUUUUACCGUCGAAUACCAAAGAUCGAACUGCAUGCUCACCUGAACGGAUCGCUCAGCAACAGUACCUUGGCUGACCUGCGCGAGUUGAAGUACGGGAAGGAGAUACCGAGCGGGAACGACGAUGGGUUUUACAAAAUUUUACAUGGAGAAUCUCUUACCCUGGAAGAAUGUUUUAAGAAAUUUAAGUACGCGCACGAUUUGACCGAUCGUUCGGUAGGACUCGAACGUGCGACGCAACGUGUUAUUGAAGACUUUGCCAACGAUAACGUGAUUUACCUAGAGCUCCGAACAACGCCAAAAGCCACCACUCAAAUGUCAAAGCGGGAAUAUCUUUCUACUGUGCUGGAAGUGAUUAGGAAAACAUCCGUAAAGCAGCCCGGAAUCAUCGUGAAACUGUUGCCCUCCAUCGACCGAUCCAAGGGCGUUUUGGAAGCGAUGGAGAAUGUAAACCUGGCAAUCGAACUGAGCGCACAGUAUCCCGGAACAAUGGUUGCGUUCGAUUUGAGCGGCAAUCCGUUUGGAACACAAUUUGGAGAUUUUGUUCCAGCGCUGGAAAAGGCACGGAAGCACGGUUUCCGUUUAGCUUUGCACUGUGGCGAAUUUGAGGAUGCGCAGGAGGUUAAGCAAAUGUUUGCGCUGGGUGUGGACCGUAUCGGACACGGGACGUUUAUAAAAGGGGAUAAUCUUGCUUUUGCUAAUGAACAUAAAAUUCCAUUCGAGUGUUGUCUAACGAGCAAUGUAAAAUGCAAAACUGUACCUUCCAAUGAAGCCCAUCACUUCGCGAAGUUAUUAAAAAUGAAACAACCCGUCUGUGUAUGCACGGACGACUUCGGUGUAUUCGAAACAAGCCUAUCGCAAGAGCUGCACAUUUGCGCAAAAACAUUCGAUCUCUCCGACGCCCAGCUAGUAGAGCUGCAGCGAAAUUCUGUCGAGUAUUCAUUCGCUAAUGAGGAGGAAAAAAAGGAGCUGCGUAACAAAAUUGACCAAUUCGCCGAGACCAUGUGCGUAAACAAUGAUUAA